AACCACAUCCAGGAUCAAACUGCAAGCUGCAAAGCCUGUUUCAGAAAGCACUUCCUGAAAGAGACAGAGCAACGAUUACAGCUCAGCAGUGCCAACUCCUCCAGCAAGCCGGAGCUACAUUCAAAACAGCCUUUAACGCAACAAAAGUGGGUACACCGGAAAAUGGUCACUUCUAAGACAACGCUUUGAUGGAAGGAGAGCAUAGCCUUUAAGACACUUGAGUCACUCAUACUUUAUCCAAACUGGAGUGAAUGAAUGAAGACAAAUGCAGAUGGCAAAUGAACUGCAUAAAAGCGGCCUGAGCCCAAGCCUCUAAGUAUCAUGCCUACCAACAAGCUAUAAGAUGACUACCCCAAGCAAUCAAGAUCAACCCAUCCCUUCUAAUAGCUCACACCCAGACGAAUACAAAAUCGCGGCUCUUGUCUUCUACAGCUGUAUAUUCCUGGUUGGAUUAUUUGUUAAUGUUACUGCCUUAUGGGUUUUCAGUUGUACCACCAAGAAGAGAACUACUGUAACCAUCUAUAUGAUGAAUGUGGCACUACUGGACUUAAUAUUUAUAAUGAGUCUACCCUUCCGAAUGUUCUACUAUGCAAAAGGUGAAUGGCCAUUUGGAGAGUACUUCUGCCACAUUCUCGGGGCUCUUGUAGUGUUUUACCCAAGCGCUGCUCUAUGGCUUCUUGCUUUUAUCAGUGCCGACAGAUACAUGGCCAUCGUACAGCCGAAAUAUGCCAAAGAACUUAAAAAAACAUGCAAGGCCUUGCUUGCCUGUGUAGGAGUGUGGAUAAUGACCCUGACAACCACUGUCCCUCUGCUGCUCCUCUAUGAAGACCCAGAUAAAGCCUCCUCCCCUGCCACCUGCCUAAAGAUCUCUGACAUCAUUCAUUUCAAAGCCGUCAAUGUGCUGAACUUCACUCGACUGAUAUUCUUCUUCCUGAUCCCUGUGUUCAUCAUGAUUGGGUGCUACUUGGUCAUCAUUCACAGUCUCCUCCAUGGCAAGACAUCUAAGCUGAAACCCAAGGUCAAGGAGAAGUCCAUAAGAAUUAUCAUCACGCUCCUGGUGCAGGUGCUCAUCUGCUUCCUGCCCUUCCACAUCUGCUUUGCCUUCCUGAUGCUGGGUGGGGAAGAAAACAGCUACAGCCCCUGGGGAGCCUUCACCACCUUCCUCAUGAACCUCAGCACGUGUCUGGAUAUGAUCCUCUACUACAUUGUUUCCAAACAAUUUCAGGCUCGGGUCAUUAGCGUCAUGCUGUACCGCAAUUACCUCCGGAGUGUGCGUAGAAAAAGCUUCCGAUCUGGGAGUUUACGGUCACUUAGCAAUGUGAAUAGUGAAAUGUUAUAAAUGACAUGAAUUUUCUUCAAUCUCUUUAAAAUUCAUUUUUCUUUAAAAUUCAUUUUCCUAACUACUCUAGUACCAAUGGAUAUUCUACAUAAUAUUAUCAAGUCCCCUCUCUGCUAAAAGAAAAGAAAAAAACUUUAAGAACUCUUUUGUACAAUCUUAUUGUGGCAAUACAAUUACACAUUCCAAUUUUUUAUUUUCAAACUUGUAUAAAACAUUUUGAAUUAUUGGGGAAAAAACACCCACACUGGCAUUUCACAGUCAAGCCUUAUCUACACAGAUAAUAAAUAUUUUUAAAUUAUUUUGAAUUUAAUUCUGUGAAUCAUGAGGGAAAAAAUUCAACCACUGAUCAAAGCAAUUGGGUGCACUAUUUUCAAUCCAGAUGCACCUCUCAUGUCUAAUCUCAGGACCCUGAGGUAUAAAUUAAAUACUUCUACACAAACAACUAUGUGCAACACAUCAUCACUUGCUGCAGAGCAAACUGAUGGUGGCAAGCAGCAGAUGCGCCUGGGAAGAUCACCCCUAUCAGCCCCACUCCUACUCUGAAUUUGGUUUCUUUUAGAGAUAAGACUAGUCAAAAACUUUCUAGACUAGAUAAAAACUUUCUGAGAGCAUACAUGCACCCAAUCCCACAUAAAACUAAUGAUGAAAACUUAACCUGAGAUCCCUUUCUGCCCAAUAACAAGGACACGAGGUGUUUCUGUGUGAAAGCCAUUCUCUGAUAACAAAAAAAUCAACAAAGUGAAAACAUUAAGUCAUGGUUGUCAUAAUAAACUUAUAGGUAAUCUAAAA